AGGAUUGCACAAAUGCCGAAGCCUUUUGGUCUUUCGGCAAAAUAAAGUUCCUUAUCCCGAAUUCAUCCUCGCGCUGAACUCCGAGGCGGAGCGGCAGGAUCGGGCUGCGCAGGGUUGCCGCUCAUCGGCUAUGGAGAAAGGUUCGGUCGCCGGCGGUGUAGGUGGGGGCGCUUCGGGUUCGGGCUCAGCCGGCGACGGAGAUCCGGCGUGGAGUGCGCCCCAGGGAAAAUCCUGCAAAGGCUGUCUGUAUUUCUCCUCGAUCCUCAAAUCCGACUCUCGGAGCCCUAUUUGCAUCGGCCUCACGAGGCCCCUCGAAGAUGUGCCUAGCUACAUUGUGGGAGAAUCUGAGUUGGAAGCCGAUAAAGAAGGUCGAAGCCUCUCAAACUUCAAAUAUGUUUGUGUUGGUUAUUCAGUAUUUGUAAACAGCAAAGAUGGCUCCAUUCAAAAUCAAGAGAAUGCUACUAAAUUGCCUUUCUGUGCUGGUCUUGAGCUAUUAGUGGAUAGAAGGACAUCAACAGAACGUGUGCCUGUUCAUGUGCAGAAUACAGAAGAAGCUCCUACUCACUUCCAACCAGCCAAAGCUAAACCAGAGCAUGCAUCAAGGAGCAACUUCUUCGACAAAUUUACGAGGAGUGCUGGGAUUGUGGCCUUGGGCGUGGGUAGAAACCUUGUUAGAGUGGGUUAUUCCAUCAAGAAUAACUUCGAAGAUAUAUUAUACGAUCGCAAGCGUCCCAAGUAAAGGAUUGCAAUAUGGUAUAUAUCUUAUUGUUAUAGGCCAAUGACCAGAAUUUACUGUCUCCAUGAAACUAUACGAUGGAGACAGAAUGGGUUAGGGAUGACACAAUUCAUCCAAGCCAUUCGGGUUUACUUGUAGGAUAAUUUACUCUUGAAAUUUUCUUUUGCUAUAAUUUUUAUGGAUAAUUAAUUAUGUUCUCUUGAUUUACUGUCAUACUUAAAAUUGGAGUUGCUAGAA